AUGAAUGACGAAGACAUUUCGACACUCUUAUGGCGGUUAGAAAAUGGAGAGGUAUCAGAAGAUGAAAGUGAUCUAGAAGAGGAUGCCUUAGACUAUUAUGAUAAUGUCGGUGAGUUGCAAGCAGAUCUUGAAAGAGAGAACCAAAUACUAGAAGAAAUAUUGACCGAAAAUGAUGGGACAGCCCCUGAUCCUCCACUAAUAUUUGAUGAACUAGUAGAAAACCAGCCCCAUUCCAACGCCACUCCUAGUUUACGGGAUUUGAUAUGGAAAAAGAAGAAUUUGGAUUUGGUGGAUCAGGCUUUUACAUUUCUUGGAUGUACUGACUACCCUCCGAUUAUUAUGAAUUUAUCUACUCCUUAUCAGUAUUUUUCAUACUUUUUUGAUGAAAGUUUACUCGCAAGAAUCGUUACUGAAUCUAAUAAAUAUGCCAUACAAAAAAAUAUUAAUUUUUCUGAACCAAUGACAGUUCUGGAACUGAGAAAAUAUAUUGGUAUCUUGAUUUAUACUUCGGUAUAUCACUAUCCUAGUAUAAGAUCCUACUGGGCAAAUAAUGUAAGAUUCCAUCCAAUAGCUGAUACGAUGACCGUUAACCGUUUUGAAAAAAAUCGGGAAAUUCUUCAUUUUAACGAUAAUGAAGGUCACUUACCCCGUGAACAUCCUGAACAUGACAGAUUAUACAAAAUACGAACAAUAGUGGACCACCUAAAUCAACGAUUCAUGUCAGUUCCUUUUGAUCAUAGACUUUCAUUAGAUGAGCAGAUGUGCGCAACUAAAAUUUCGCACUUUAUGAAGCAGUACUUGCCCAACAAGCCUCAUAAAUGGGGCUUCAAAUUGUACGUGCUCUGUUGUCUGAUGGGUUACGCAUAUUCAUUUGAAAUUUACUCAGGAACUCAUGACUACAAAAGACUACCAAAUGAGCCAAAUCUUGGAGCAGUUUCAAAUACAGUGGUGCGUUUGCUUCGACCUGUACCGAGAAAAGUAAAUCAUAUAGUGUACUUUGACAACUUUUAUUCAAGCCUGACUCUGUUUCAUCAUUUGCACAAGGAAGGCAUAUAUUGCUUAGGUACAGUUCAAAGAAACAGAUUAGGAAAAACCUGUAAGCUACCAAAAAAGGAAGAUGUACAGAAAACAUCUGUACCAAGGGGUUCGUACGACGAGAAUGUUGCUUCUCUUGAUGGUGUUGAGUUUGCAGCGACUAGCUGGAAGGAUAACAAACAGGUCUUGCUGUUAUCUACGUAUGUAGGUGCAAAUCCUGUGGGUACUAUUAGCCGCUAUGACAAGAAGCAGAAAAAAAACAUAUCAAUACCAUGUCCGAAAGUAAUUGAAGAAUACACAUAUGGGGGGUGUGGACACAAUGGAUAG